AUGUCUCAUUCCACCUUCAAGCAAUACUAUCUUCCUCAAAAGGAAGGCUUUGAUAGCCUGACCUUACGCGAAGUCCCCAAAGCCCCUCCCAAAUACGGUCAAAUACUAGUCCGGAUCAAAGCCGUGUCACUGAACUGGAGAGACGCGAUCAUCGCUAUUGGAACGUACCCUUUCCCAGGUCCUGAUGCGCUCGUCCCAGGUAGCGAUGGUGCUGGCGUCGUCGAAGCAGUCGGGGAAGGAGUUACAGAAUGGCAGCCAGGCGACCGAGUCCUUGCGAACUUUACGCAGGAUCAUCUCGCUGGUCGACUGAAUAUGCAGACACUCUUGACACAGCUCGGCGGUGAGACACAGGGAUUGCUCGGCGAGUACUUCAUCUUCCCCAAAACCGGAGUUGUUCGUAUCCCAGACUAUCUCUCCUUUGAAGAAGCGUCCUGCCUUCCCUGCGCCGCCCUCACUGCCUGGAAUGCUCUAUAUGGUCUAACGCCGUUGCGAACCGGCCAGACCGUCCUUCUUCAAGGAACAGGCGGUGUUUCGAUAUUUGCCUUGCAGAUCGCCCAUGCAGCAGGCGCAACGACCGUCGUGACAUCCUCAUCCGACGCAAAAUUGGCCAAGGCGAAACAACUCGGUGCAACGCAUACAAUCAAUUACCGAACAAAUUCUAACUGGGCUGCCCAGGCCAAACAGAUCACAAAUGGCCGUGGAGUGGACCAUAUCAUUGAGGUCGGGGGAACACUCACACUUCAAGGAUCGUUUGAUGCCAUCGCGAUGCACGGGAUUAUCCAUUGCAUCGGACAUAUCACGAACCCAGAUCCCUUAGGCACUGGCAAGGACCUCCGUGGACCGGAUGCUGCAUUCCUGGCAUUGGACCGAUUGUGCAUCGUCCGAGGUGUGGUUGUUGGCUCGCGAGAGCAAUUCCAGGAGAUGCUGGAAUGCUUCGAGACAAGCUCGAUUCGACCUGUCAUUGAUCGAACCUUUGGCUUCGAAGAGCCAGUCAGACGCCGCAAUGGCUCUAAGCACGACAAGACCGGCUGCUUGACUUGUCGCUACAGACGCAAGAAAUGUGUCCACAAUACCUUUCCCGUCUGUGGAGACUGCAGACGUCUGAAUCUGGAGUGUAUUCGUGAACCGGCCCGUCGGGUCUUGCCCAUCGCUUCCCAUCCCACAGCAGACGGUCUAUCUGAAUGGAAAAGUUCCCGCUUGCAUGACAAUGUCGAAAACGCCCAACGUCGAUCAGCCAUGAACUUCUACAUUACGACUCUUUCUCAGCUUUGCCACCUAGCCGUUCGUGAGAAUCGCUAUCGCUAUACAGCACUUGAAGCACGCUCACGCGCGCUCAGAUCUCUUGCAAGGUCUCUUCGAGCUGAUGGAAUUACUGCUGGUGAGAUCAACGCUGCAACCAGUCUGGUCCUCAUGACAUCCGAGGUGUGCCUAGGCUGUCAUACAGAAUGGUACAGACAUCUCAACGGCGUGAAACACAUCAUUAUGUCGACGAGCACUUCCAGUCCAACUUCCGGAGCCGAGUUACAUGGGCCUGAGGCCUUGAAACAGAGCUCUGAGGGACAAUGGAUCUUGCGCAACUUUGCUUAUCAUGAUAUACUAGGAAGCGUUACACUAGGAAAGCAACCAUUGAUUGAAAGUUAUUUCCUGCAAGGCCUGACCGAUAGGAUUGACACUUAUAUCGGCGUUGCUUUUGACAUCCUAUUAGUCAUAUCAGACAUCAGCUCGUUCGAUGAGCAACGCCUUGUACUCGACUCCAUGCGGCCCAGUGAAAUUGAUGCAAGUGUACCAAACUGCUUCAGCUCUACCGAGCAAAUAUUGAAGUCCUGGGUAUGCCCACCAGGAACGAAUCGAGUCCUUGCUUCACUGGCCUACGCCUAUGGCAGUAGUGCCUUAAUAUAUCUCUAUCGCCGGACGCUCCGCGGGUUAAGGCUCCAUGGUCUACCUUCACGUACGCUAUUUCAGGACGGUAUAUCCGGUCUGCGCGCCGCAAUACAGGCUGAAAUCUCAAGUGUUCUACAGCAUACGGCUAAUAUUCCGGUAUCCGGGAUUGUCGAGUCUGCGCUACUUUUCCCUCUGUUUAUUGCGGGAGGUGAGGCUACAUAUCGCAGCCAUAUCGAGGUCAUUCGGUUUAGGAUGAAGGAAAUGCUAAGCAAGCGUAACUUUAACAAUAUUCAGCGGGCAUUGGGUCUGCUGGAACAGGUAUGGGAGCAACGGAAUGCUGUCAAGGACGGAGUGGAGGAUUAUGAUGUGGAUUGGCGCGACGUUGUUGAUCGACAAGAAGGGGAUCUUUUGCUGACUUGA